CUGAACAGAGAGAGCGGCUCUGAGAGAGGCGCGUUCACAGAAAAAGCCAAGCUCGAGACGAGAAAAGAGAGAGAGAGAAAGAGGGAGAGAGUAUCUGUUCAGCACUACUAUGCUUCACUGGUAAUAACCUUCUCAUCACCUCAUCAUCACCAUCUGCAUCAGGAGCCUAUUUACUGAUGUGUUAAAAAACAAAUUGCGCUUUGCUAUACAUGGAACUUUAUUUUGGAUUACUGGAAUAUUGUUUUGAUCUACUUUAGAGCAAUAAAGUCUGCUGUUUUGCAUUCAACAGAACUGUAAAGCCUGAAACUGGACUGGAACCUACAUUACAGUACCAUGGGGCAUGGCUGUGGAUCUGAAGCCAAGAUGGCCGCAGUGUGUUUUAACCCUUGCAGUCGCCUCAAAGGAAACUCAUCUAAUGGGUCUCUGUAUCACUGACAGAGUACACUAAGAAACGAUAUUGCCUACUUAGUAGGAAUAUAGAUAUUUACUCUCUGUCACCUGCUGCUCGGACUUGGAUUUAUAUGGACUCUCAUCCUUCAGUGACCGCCACAACCUCUCUUCGCUGGAAUCAAGAGGAAAUCGUGUCAUCUUCCUGACUGGAACAUCGUAUAUGGGGGAAAUCCUUUGAAUGAAUCAGUUUGGAACAAAAGACUCCUGAUGAUAUUAUCAAUCGUGUGACAUAUCCCCUCCAACCGUAAACCCUACUGCCACAGUCUAGCCUGAAUAUUGUGUCUACAAUGAGUCCCGUUAGUUUCCCUCAGCGUGCGCUCAUGCUGCUGAGUGCUCUGUUUGGCCUAAGUCACGGGUUGGAGUUCACGGGCUCCGAGGGUCAGUGGGCCCGUUACCUCCGCUGGGACGCCAGCACCAGAAGUGACCUCAACUUCCAGUUCAAAACAGCCGUGUCUGACGCCCUGAUCCUCUACUUCGACGACGGCGGCUACUGCGACUUCCUGCUCCUCGAGGUCACCGGCGGGAAACUUCAGCUCCGCUUUAGCGUCGACUGCGCCGAGACAGCCGUGACCUCAGAGAAACCGGUCGACGACAGCCGCUGGCACUUCGUUACGGUCAGCCGACACAACCUCAGAACGGGCCUGGCCCUGGAUGGGCAGGCCAGGGUGGGCGAGGUCCGACCGCAGCGACAGUUCAUGAAGAUUGUCAGCGAUCUUUUCCUCGGAGGAGUGCCGGGAGACGUUAGGAUCUCGGCCAUUACCCUGCCGACGGUUAGAGAGCUGCCGCCGUUCAAAGGAAUUAUCACGGAGCUGAAUUAUGGGAACAAGGUUCCCAUGCUGAUCAACAGUCAGAAGGUGCGCCUGGAGAUGAUGGGGCUCUGCACGGAGAACCCGUGUGAGAACGGAGGUCACUGCUCAGUGGCUGAUGGGGAACCGUACUGUGACUGCUCCAAAACUGGAUACACCGGAAGGACCUGCAGUGAAGAAGCCAUUCAGAGGAAACCAGGCCUCGCGCAUCUGAAAGCAUCCGAGUCAGGUAGAAACAAAGCGAGGGAGGAGAACGUGGCGACGUUCCGUGGUUCUGAGUACUUCUGCUACGACCUCUCUCAGAACCCCAUCCAGUCGUCGAGCGACGAGAUCACGCUCUCCUUCAAGACGUGGCAGAGGAACGGCCUCUUGCUCCACACGGGGAAGUCGGCCGACUACGUCAACCUGGCCCUCAAGGAUGGGGCGGUGAGCCUGGUCAUCAACCUGGGCUCCGGGGCGUUCGAGGCCAUUGUGGAGCCCGUCAACGGGAAGUUCAAUGACAACGCCUGGCACGACAUCAAGGUCACGCGUAACCUCCGACAGCAAUCAGGCAUUGGACUCGCUAUGGUGACUAUCUCCGUGGACGGGAUCCUCACCACGACAGGGUACACCCAGGAAGACUACACCAUGCUGGGGUCAGAUGACUUCUUCUACGUGGGCGGGAGUCCUAGUACUGCUGAUCUGCCUGGUUCUCCCGUCAGCAACAACUUCAUGGGCUGCCUAAAAGAGGUGGUCUAUAAGAACAAUGACAUCCGCCUGGAACUCUCCCGCCUGGCCCGCAUCGUGGACCCCAAGAUGAAGCUGCAGGGGGACGUUGUGUUUAAGUGUGAGAAUGUGCCCACCCUGGACCCCAUCAACUUUGAAAGCCCAGAAUCCUACCUCAGCCUGCCCAAGUGGAACACCAAGAGGGUGGGCUCCAUUUCGUUUGACUUCAGGACCUCCGAACCCAACGGACUGAUACUGUUCACCCACGGCAAGGCCCAGGAUCGACGGGAUGGGGCCGGGAAGAAGAACAACAAGGUGGACUUUUUUGCCGUGGAGCUGCUGGAUGGAGGGCUGUAUCUGCUGCUGGACAUGGGCUCGGGAACCAUCAAGGUCAAAGCCACUCAGAACAAGGUGAACGACGGAGCCUGGCACCAUGUGGACAUACAGAGGGAUGGACGCUCAGGAAUCAUCUCUGUAGACAGUCGUCGUACCCCGUUCACUGCCAGCGGAGAGAACGAGAUCUUAGACCUGGAGGGAGACCUUUACCUGGGUGGUCUCCCUGACAACCGUUUAGGCCUGGUUCUGCCGACCGAACUGUGGACAGCCAUGUUGAACUACGGCUAUGUGGGUUGCAUCCGGGACCUCUUCAUCGACGGACGCUCCAAAAACAUCAGGGCCAUCUCUGAGUCCCAGAACACCACCGGCAUCCGACCCAUCUGUAGUAAAUACACAGGGAAACAGUGUGAUAGCAACCCGUGUAAGAAUAACGGAGUGUGUCAGGAGGGGUGGAACCGCUUCAUCUGUGACUGCACUGGGACUGGAUUCUGGGCCGCCACGUGUGAGCGAGAGGCCUCCAUCCUGAGCUACGACGGCAGCAUGUACAUGAAGGUGGUGAUGCCCAACGUGAUGCACACGGAGGCCGAGGACGUCUCACUCCGCUUCAUGUCCCAGCGUGCAUUUGGGCUCCUAAUGGCUGCUACCUCCCGGGACUCCGCUGACACGCUCCGCCUGGAGCUCGACAGCGGCCGGGUCAAGCUCACGGUCAACUUAGACUGUGUCAGGAUUAACUGUAACACCAGCAAGGGACCAGAGACUCUGUAUGCGGGCCAAAAGCUUAAUGAUAAUGACUGGCACUCAGUCAGAGUUGUCCGACGUGGUAAAAACUUCAAACUGACGGUUGAUGACGACAUGGCUGAAGAUCAGAUGUUGGGUGACCAUACCCGUCUGGAGUUCCACAAUGUUGAGACAGGGAUUCUGACAGAGAGACGUUUCGUCUCCUCCUCCCCCUCCUCCUUCAUUGGACACCUGCAGGGCCUGAAGUUCAACGGCAUGUUCUACAUCGACAUGUGCAAGAAUGGCGACAUUGACUACUGUGAGCUUAACGCCCGUUUCGGCAUGCGCUCCAUCAUCGCCGACCCGGUGACCUUCAAGACCAAGGGCAGCUACCUCGGCCUGGCCACGCUGCAGGCCUACACCACCAUGCACAUGUUCUUCCAGUUCAAGACCACCUCCCCGGACGGCUUCAUAUUCUUCAACAGCGGCGACGGAAACGACUUCAUCGCCGUGGAGCUGGUCAAAGGGUUUGUCCACUACGUGUUCGACCUGGGGAACGGGCCCAGUCUCCUGAAGGGCAACAGUGACAGUCCCCUGAACGACAACCAGUGGCACAACGUGGUGAUCACCAGGGACGCCAGCAACACCCACACCCUGAAGGUGGACACCAAGUCGGUCACGCAGAACGUCAACGGAGCCAAGAACCUCGACCUCAAAGGGGAUCUGUUUGUGGCAGGGCUGGGGCCCAACAUGUACCAGAAUCUUCCUAAGCUGGUGGUCUCCAGGGAGGGCUUCCAAGGCUGUCUGGCGUCUGUAGAUCUCAACGGCCGUCUGCCCGACCUCAUCAAUGAUGCCUUGUUCCGCUCCGGUCAGAUCGAACGCGGAUGCGAAGUUGGUUUCACCAAAGCCAACCUGCAAGGACCCAGCACUACGUGUCAGGACGACUCCUGUGCCAACAUGGGCGUUUGUAUCCAACAGUGGGAGAACUUCACCUGUGACUGCUCCAUGACCUCCUACACAGGGACACAGUGCAAUGACCCUGGUACCACCUAUAUAUUCGGUAAGGGCGGAGGUUUGAUCACCUACACGUGGCCCAACAACGAGAGGCCUAGCACGCGUACGGACCGGCUGGCCGUGGGCUUCAGCACCACGAUCCAGGACGGCAUCCUGGUCCGCAUCGACAGCGCCCCGCGGCUCGGGGACUACAUCAUGCUGCACAUCACGGAAGGCAAGGUGGGCGUGACGUUCAACAUUGGGACUGUGGACAUCAGCGUAAAGGAGGUAACCACGGCGAUCAACGAUGGGAAGUACCACCUGGUUCGCUUCACCAGAAACGGGGGCAACGCCACUCUGCAGGUGGACAGCUGGCCAAUCAAUGAGCACUUCCCCACAGGAUCAAGCGACGUUGAACGCUAUCAAAUGGCUAAUAAGAAAAUCCCAUUCAAUUAUAAGAGGCCGGUAGAAGAUUGGCUACAGGAGAAAGGCCGGCAGCUCACCAUCUUCAACACCCAGGCAACAAUCUCUAUAGGAGGUAACGACCGCAAACGCCCUUACCAGGGCCAGCUGUCUGGCCUCUACUACAACGGCCUCAAGGUCCUCAAUAUGGCCGCCGAAGGCCACGCCAACAUCAAGGUGAACGGGAGCGUGCGUUUGGUGGGGGAUGUACCCACCAGUAGGGGUGCUGCCCGCACCACCACCUCUGUUCCACCCGAGAUGUCUACUACCUUUAUAGAGACCACCACCACACUGUCUACAACCACCACCAGGAAGCAGAGAUCCCCUCCAACCAUUCAGACAACGGAUGACAUCGUGUCGUCGGCGGAGUGCUCCAGCGAUGACGAGGACCUGGAGGAGUGUGAUUCCGGACACGCAGGUGGGAUGGGAGGGGAGUUAGUCAUUCCCGUACUUGUAGAGGAUCCCAUAGACAUCCCUCCUGUCUCCACCCGUUCCCCCUUCAUACCCCUCCCCCCAACCCUCCGACCCGUCCUCACCAUUAUCGAGACCACCAAAGAGUCCCUGGCCAUGGCCACUGAGGCGGGGGUACCUUGCUUGCCGGACCGAGGCAGUGAUGAUUGUGAUGAUGGUGAUGAUGGUCUUGAUGGUGAUGGUGAUGAUGAUGAUGGCAUGGUGAUAUCGGGGUUUGGCUCUGGCGAAGCUUUCGACUCUAGCCUGCCCCCCACUGACGAUGAAGAUUUUUACACCACCUUCUCCCUGGUAACAGAUAAGAUCUUGACUACGUCGGCCUAUGAAGGUGGCUACAAAGCUCUCGCGCCAAAGUGGGAGGCCAAGGACUUAAGGCCUAGUAAAGCCUCAGAGGCAGGUAGGACUACACCCACACCAUCUCAACCCGACCUCAGGGCCACUGUAGUGGACACGUCCCUCCCCUCGGACGGCACGCCACCCAAACUUCCCGCCGGGAAAAUGAACAACCGCGAGGUGAUCAAACCCCUACAGCCGGACGUGGUCCUGCUGCCUCUGCCCACCGCUUCCUUCGACCUGGACGGCACCAAGCCCCGCGGGCCGCUCAUUACGUCGCCCAUGCUGCGCUCGGUGCCUGCCGCGCUGCCCACCGUGCCCGUGGUGAGGCGGGUGCCCCCGGGGGCCUCCGAGGUGAUCCGGGAAUCCAGCAGCACGACGGGCAUGGUGGUAGGUAUCGUCUCAGCUGCGGCCCUCUGCAUCCUCAUCCUUCUUUACGCCAUGUACAAGUACAGGAACAGAGACGAAGGCUCCUACCAGGUAGACGAGACUCGCAAUUACAUAAGCAACUCAGCGCAGACCAACGGCGCUGUGGUGAAAGACAAAGCACCCAGCGGGGGCGGAGCCGGCAGCAAAAGACCCAAAGACAAGGACAAGGAGUACUAUGUAUAGAGAAAAAAAGAGAGAAAAUCUACCAUUCCCACACACACACACACAAACACACAAAUAUUCAAAAACUGUUUGGAAAAAACAUUUGACAGUACCAUAUUGGGAGCUGCAAUUUAAAAAGGAAAAACUGAAAACCCUCUGGUGAGAACUCUAAGUGAAUGAGUCCAAGUUGAAACAUUUUCAAAUGUACUGUGACCUAGAAGCACACUUAUUAUGAUAAGCAUCCAGAGGAGCAAGCUGCUAUGUACACCUCUAUAACACACCUUGUUGUUGCCAGGUGACGUAGCUCUGCCCAGAGACGUUGCCAGAGGUUUGGCAGUGUAAGAUAUUUUACUGUUACAUCGCUAUCCCUCCCAAGUGACUGUCCGAGAUGAUUUUUUUUUUUUGUCUUUUAAUUUUUUUUUUGGCGUAAACAACCUUGUCCAUUGUAACCCUGUAAAGAAACGAAAACAAAUCUACCAUCAUUUGGGCCAUUCUGAGCAUGCAUGUGGGAUGUAUGUGACAUGGUGCUGGCGUCUGUAAGGGGCCAGAAGAUAAAAACAUAAAUAGCAUUAACAUGGUACAUUUCUAAACCUAGCAAUGGUAUUAGGGAAGAAGGUGUGCGUGUGUGACAGCUAAGGUGUCUUUUUUUCCAGCCCGAUGCGUUUUAAGGGAUGAGAUGUUGUCAGGGCUGACCAGACAGUGCUCAAUGAAUUGUAGUGCAGCAAUGUAUCUACAUUCUUUAUUUCCACCCCCUCUCCCGGUCUCAAGUAAGGAUUCGACUGCUAUGCAUGACGUCCACAAUCACGAUGGCAUUCGGCCAUGCUAAAGUGGAUGCACCAGGCAAAAUGCUAUGUUUUAAAAAAAAAUAUGUUUUCCAGAACUUAGAUCCUGAUAGCAUUUUUAUUUCAGUGUAUUCUGUUUUCCAUAGACCACUGAUUCAGUUAUUUGUUCCAUUCGGUUUGUUUUAUUUCUCAUGAAUUCUGAGUUUUCUGGUGCAGUAUUGAAAACACUGUGGCUAAAGGGGACUUUAGUGAUAUGUUGGUAUUUCCAUCUGUUGUCAAAACAAGACAUGUUUACAUACUUUAUUACAUCAUAGCCAUCUGACUUUGGCAGGUCAAUAUUCCACAUAACAUUUAAGUUUCUGUUGUUUUUUUUUUAUUAUUGUAUUUCACAGACAGAUGAGCUGAUUUAAUUCUCAAUAUCCUCCAUGACAAAAAUCAACCACUUUUUAUGUUGGCUAAAACUGCUGAUAAGGCAUUUUUUGUAAUGAAAGGAAAAUGUUAGAUUUAGAAAAUCAAGUCUUUGGAUGGUGUUUCUAAAACGCAUGAGUAUUUGACCACUGGAAGAUGUCAAUCAAUUAGAAAAAAAGCCCUCCCCAGUAUUGUACCAGGGCCUCCUGAUGCUGGAUUACUUUGGUUGUAAUUUUUUAGAUAAAAACAGUGAAGAGAAACCUGAUAAUAAAGAAAGAAUCUGAUGGAUUUCUAAGACCCAGUGCUGGCACCUUACUAAGAUACAGGAUAAAUAUAUAUAUCUUUUUUUUUACUGUGAUCUUGUAUUUGUUACUUCUUUUCUGUUUUGCUGUUCUUUUACAUUUACGUUCCUCCCCUUAUUGUGCAGUUUUCAUUUGAAGUCUUAUCAUUUGUAUGACAGUUUGUGCUGGCAUUUUUUUGUAAUUUAUUUAUUACUUAAUUUACUUGAUUCUUGUUCUGUUUGCAUUCUAAGCAAAUCUAAAGUCGGUGUGCACAUUCAUUUUGAUUUUGUGUUACUACAGCUUUACAACCCAUUACGUAACUGUUUUUGCUCCUUUGACUCCAGGCAAAUCCCAGCAAUAAAAAGUUCUUCCCAAAGUUUUCAA